AUUUCAGUGUAUUUUCAGUCAAAUAUAUGAAAACUGUUUUUCUCUCUCUUUCUAUGUAUUGUUAUAUUGAAUACAAUGAGUGAGUUGUUUGUGAUGUCAAACAAAUGAAAGACUUGUUGUUUUUCGUUGUCUGAAACCAUAUGUCUUAGAGAUAUAUAAAGUGUUAAUAUAUAAAGUGUUUCAUCGAUGACAAUGAUGUGACUUUUGUAACCAUUUUGAGCGUUUGAAUGGACACAACGGUAGCCAUGAGUUCAAUGAAUGGCAACAAAAAGCAGUCCAUUUGUCGAUACUUUGCCACAGAUGGCAAUUGCUUUUAUGGCAGCGACUGUCAGUUCUGGCACAACAAUAAUCACCAACAGGUCCACCAACAGAACCAAUCGACUCAUUCGAGACAACAGCACAACACGUAUCGUGACCUCAAUGGUGGCAACAGCUAUGUCAGCACCGGUUACAGCAACGACUCUUCUUCACUGCCCAACCGUAUGUCUGGACUGUCAAUUGAUCCGCAAAAGAGUCUGAUGGGUACCAAACCUAGUUCUUCAGCCAAUACUCACGCAAUAGCAUCACAUUUAUUGAAUACCUCUAACGCACCCAUCGGUGGCCAACAAUUACCUAAUUAUUUCAUGACUGACGCCAUUAGACAGGAAUUGUUACGGAAACUGAUUGUCUCUCAAGACAUGGCUUCCAAUGAGAUGUACUUAGAGUUGCCUCAAGUGGUGGACGUUUAUACCGAUUUAGUGCCACUCGAGGCCAACAUAUCGAGUCCUUCGACAACAUUUAAUAACAUGAUUUGCAGUGUUUUCAGAGCGACGAACAGCAAAACGGGACAAUUGUUUUGCUUAAGACGUCUUCACUCAUUUCAGCCCAACUCAGCCAAUGCUAAGCAAAUGAUUGCUGCGAUCGACUCGUGGAAGAAGUUGUUGCACUCAAAUGUUGUCCAAUUGAGACAAGUGUUUACAACUAAAGCAUUUGGCGAUAACUCACUCAUCUUUGUCUACGACUAUCACUCGAUGGCCAACACAAUGAUGAGUCAUUAUUUUCACUCUUCCAGUACAUCCAGUUCUUCGAGUUCAAUGAACGGCUACUCUGGUUCUUCGCGACCGUACAGUCAACAGCAGAGUCAACGCAAACUAUUGCCGGAACCGUUGAUCUGGAACUUCAUUAUACAGAUAUCAUCAGCACUGCGAGCCAUUCAUUUAGCAGGUCUUUCAUGUCGAGCAUUAGAUCCAACCAAAAUCAUCAUCACUUCUGGCACUAGUAGUACAGGUUCUGCUAAUUCUCAGGAAUACCCGCGCCUUCGUCUCAAUGGUUGCGCAGUGUUUGACGUAUUGGGUAACGAUUCCUAUCUCAAUACAACUAACCCUAAGUUAAUUACACAGCACUUCCAACAGGAAGAUCUCUUGUCUUUCGGUAAACUAUGUCUCUGUUUGUCUACAAAUAGUAUAGCAUCGGCGGCCAAUCGCGACACGUGGCCGUCAAUGUUAGAGUUGAUCUCCCGGUCCUAUUCAGCUGACUUACGUUCUUUGGUUUAUUACUUAUUGUCAUAUAAUUCAAACUCUGGGACAACGCAUACCAUUAAUGACAUAAUGCCGAUGAUUGGCGCGAGAUUUUACACACAAUUAGAUACAUUGUAUCACAAAGAAGAUUCACUAAUGGAUGACCUGUCAAAAGAGUUAGACAAUGGAAGAGUUGUAAGACUAUUGAUAAAACUCGGGACAAUCAAUGAGAGACCAGAGCUUCAGAUGGACCCCAAUUGGUCGGAAACUGGUGACCGAUAUUUGCUUAAAUUGUUUAGAGAUUACUUAUUCCAUCAGUUCAGUGAAGAUGGCCGUCCGUGGCUUGACUUAGGACACAUGAUAUCAAAUCUGAAUAAACUGGACGUCGGCUCACCCGAGAAGAUAUGUCUCAUCUCUAGAGAUGAACAAAACAUUCUUAUCGUUUCAUUUGCUGAACUCAAGCGCUGUUUCGAGUCAUCACUCAAUGAACUAAUGCUUUAAUUGAUUGAUUGAUUGGACA